UAGUAGCCCACCUCUAACUCAAUCGUCAGUCGACCUCAUCACCUGAGAUCAAUCACAAGUGCAUUCUGGAUCCCAAACGCUUCGACUUGCACUCAGGUCCAUUGGACAGAAGUGUUCACACUCACUUACACACUAAACAAGACCCAGCUUGAUCUCACCAUGGGCAAAGGUGAAGGAGCCAAAGAGUCAAAGGAUGUGAAGGCCGCCGAGAGCGGUCAAAAUCUCGCCGCCGGAGAUGACGAGCGAGGCACGUGGGACAAUCAGUGCGAUUUCUUCCUCUCGUGUUUGGGAUAUGCGGUGGGCUUGGGAAAUGUCUGGCGGUUUCCCUAUUUAUGCUAUGAACAUGGAGGUGGAUCGUUUCUCGUGGCAUACUCGUUGAUGCUGCUUCUGGCCGGGUUGCCCUUGUUCUUUAUGGAAUUGAGCAUUGGCCAGUAUAGUGGUCUGGGACCUACAAGAAUAUUUGGCAAAUUGGCUCCGGCCUUUAAAGGUCUGGGCUACGGGAUGUUGUUCGUAACCAUGUUGGUGGCCAUCUACUACAAUAUGAUCAUUGCUUGGACCCUUUACUACACCUUCGCCGGGUUCACGUCGUCCUUACCGUGGGAGUUUUGUGGAAAUGACCACAACACGUUAACUUGCUACCAAAAGGAUCAAGCCGACGAAUGCAAUGUAGCUGGGGAUGGUUUCAUUUCAUUCUAUAACAAUACUUGCACGCCUGUAUCGGACAUUUGCUCUUCCUACAACAUGACCCACGUGCCUGACCAGUUUGAUCAAUUCAACUACACUAUGUGCAAUAACGGAACCAUGGACUUGCCCUUAAACAAAGUAUACCCUCGAAGAUCUGCCAGUGAGGAUUAUUUCACACGGGUUAUGCUGGGCUUGGACGAGACCAUAACGUGGUCGAAUUAUGGUGGUUUGAAGUGGGAUCUCGUCCUGUGUCUCCUCGGGGCUUGGGUGAUUGUUUGCCUUUGUCUUAUCAAGGGUGUGCAAUCCUCCGGAAAAGUCGUGUACUUCACCGCCCUUUUCCCUUACUUUGUUCUCUUGUGCUUGCUCAUUCGAGGAGCUCUGCUACCAGGAGCAGCCGAUGGCGUGGUCUUCUACCUCCAGCCGCACUUACAUAAAUUGGCCAGCGUUAAGAUUUGGUCUGAUGCGGCCACCCAGAUCUUCUAUUCACUUGGACCCUCCUUUGGCGGUCUUAUUACACUUGCUAGUUACAACAAGUUCAGCAACAAUUGCCACAGGGAUGCCAUUUUGAUUGCCUUCUGUAACUGCGCCACAUCUGUUUUUGCCGGAUUUGUGAUCUUCUCCAUCAUUGGAUUUAUGGCACAUGAAUCGGGUCAACCCAUUAGUGAGGUCAUCGCCUCAGGGCCUGGUCUGGCUUUUGUGGCCUAUCCCGAGGCUGUGACCAAGUUUCCAUUGUCACCUGCAUGGUCUUUCCUUUUCUUUCUCAUGCUGCUGACUUUGGGACUUGACUCUCAAUUCACCAUGACGGAAACCCUGACCACGGCUCUGAUGGACCAAUGGCCUCAGCUUCGACCCAUGAAGGGUAAGGUAGUCAUAGGCGCCUCCGUCGUUGGGUUCAUUCUAGGUGUUCCUCUAUGUUGUCCCGGAGGCAUCUACAUGUUCACCCUGAUCGAUUCCUUUUCCGCAUCCUGGUCGUUACUGGUUUUGGCUCUAGCCGAAGUUAUUCUAAUCAUCUACGUCUACGGAGUCCACAAUUUCUUGAACAAUAUCAAGGAGAUGGGCAUUAGGAUUCCUAAGUUCCUCGAGCUGUAUUGGAGAAUCAAUUGGCAGGUGUUCACACCUGUGGUGCUUUUCUUCAUCACCAUCGUCACAUGGAUCACAUUUAAGCCUUGCCAAUAUAAUGGCUACGUGUUCCCUCCGCUGAUUCAAACUUUAGGCUGGUUAAUGGCAUGUACAUCCAUUAUCAUAGCCGUGGCUUUAAGUGUUUACGAAGUCUACACCCGAAAAAACAAGGGGAAAAUCACAAGUAAUCGGGAAAUGCUUCAACCAACUCUCAAUUGGGGUCCCGCCAUUAAAAAGAUCCAACCUGUUCAGAAUACCAACAACCUGAGUGAAGCUACCUACAACAACGAGGGAUUCUCAUCCUGAUGAUGUUUCUGAUUGUCAUCCAAGAAACGGAGCAAUAAUGAAGUAUAUUCUAUACCUUUUUAUAAAGUAUUAAGCAUCAAAUUAUAGUAUAUCGUGUAUGCAAUCCAUCUCGAAAUAAACAAACGUCGUAUCAAA